AAGUGGAAGAGGAGAUGGAAAACGCAGAACUGCAGGAGCUCUCCGAGAACGAACGGCACCAGCUGAAACAUCGCGAGCUCUUCCUGUCCCGGCAGCUGGAAUCCCUCCCAGCAACCCACAUCAGGGGUAAGUGCAGUGUUACACUGCUAAAUGAAACAGAGUUGCUAUUGUCCUAUCUGGAACGCGAGGAUACAUUUUUUUAUUCACUCGUCUACGAUCCGCAGCUGAAGACGCUUCUGGCAGAUAAGGGAGAGAUUCGUGUCGGCCCCCAAUACCAGGCAGACAUCACUGACUUGAUGAAAGAAGGAGAGGAAGACGGAAGAGAUCAGUCUGAAAUGGAAGCCAAGGUCUGGGACUGGGACAUUCCACUGACAGACAAGCAGAUUGACCAGUUCCUCGUCGUUGCUCGUUCUGUCGGAACAUUUGCCCGUGCUUUAGACUGCAGUAGUUCGGUGAGACAGCCCAGCUUACACAUGAGUGCAGCGGCAGCAUCCAGGGACAUCACCCAGUUUCACGCCAUGGACACCCUGUACAAAAACGCCUAUGAGGUCUCGCAGGCCAUCUCUGCACUGGUCCCACAGGGUGGCCCAGUGCUUUGUCGGGACGAAAUGGAGGAAUGGUCUGCUUCCGAGGCCAACAUGUUUGAAGAAGCUUUGGAGAAAUAUGGGAAGGACUUUGAAGACAUUCAACAGGAUUUUUUACCCUGGAAGUCAUUAACCAGCAUUGUAGAGUAUUAUUACAUGUGGAAGACCACAGACCGAUACGUGCAGCAGAAACGGCUGAAAGCGGCGGAAGCAGAGAGCAAACUGAAGCAAGUGUACAUCCCGAAUUAUAAUAAGCCAAAUCCAAACCAGAUCAAUGGAACAAACACAAAGGCUGGAGCGAUGAAUGGAGGCAGUGUGCUGGCACCAAAUGGGACGGUAGCAGUGCUGGGACCUGAGCGAGCCUGCGAGAGCUGUUUCACCACGCAGUCGUACCAGUGGUACUCCUGGGGCCCCCCUAACAUGCAGUGCCGACUCUGUGCCGCCUGCUGGGCCUACUGGAAGAAGUACGGCGGGCUGAAAAUGCCGACCCGACUGGAUAGUGAGAGGCCGGGACCGCACCGGAAUAACCUGAACGUCCAUGGAACGCUGGCACGGAGUGGGACUAGUUCCAAGUUUGCAGUGAAGACACGGCAGGCAUUUUACCUCCACACGACCAAGCUGACAAAAAUAGCUCGGCGCUUAUGUCAGGAUAUUCUGCAGCAGGCAGCACGACACCCCUACGUGCCAAUUAACAGUGCAGCCAUCAAGGCAGAGUGUACAUUACGAUUACCAGAAGCAGAAAAUCAAACCAUGGGAAUGAAGCGAGCUGCUAGAAAACCCUUGGAGACAAUUGUGCAAUACUUGGAAGCUCAUCCGUGCCCGAAGCAGGACCGUGCUCAGGUUGGUCUGCACAUCAGCAGCGUGACUCCUGCCAGGUUGAUGCCCAUCUUAAAUCACAGCUCUCCAACUAUCUUGGGCAAGCGCAGCUAUGAGCAGCACAAUGGCAUAGACGGGAGCAUGAAGAAACGCUUGCUGAUGCCUUAUAAGGGUAUGAUGAACCACACGCAAGGGAGACAGAUGGGACCUGCUCGAAACUCUGUGGUCAAUGGGAGAUCUUGCCCACCCAGUAUCAGAGCUCCACGAGCAGGCGUGGUGCCACCAGUGAAGUGUAGGCAGCUGAACAGGAUCGAUAACCCUGGUGACGUCUUUUUCAUGGCAACUGAUGAAACCAGGAAGAUCCGCAAGUUACUUACUUCCUUUGAGCGGAGGCGGAGUGGAAGACGGCCUCAAGCACAGAUCUUUGUGGAGCAGCACACCCUGACGCGUGCAAUAGGCCCAGAGUCUUCCACCAGCGAUGAGCCCAUUAUCAUUGAAGAUUAACAGCCACCUCCCUGCACUUCAUAUCAACCACGAUGCGUUUACUCAGUUGACAAGGAAAAAAAAAUAUUUCAAAUGACCUUCAUCUUUAUAACCUGAAUUUGGAUUGGCCAGCAGAUGCUCGCAGUCGAGUGUGAGGCCAAAUGGUAUUUGUUAGUAAUCUACCCUCCCUUUUGUUUACUGUGUUGGCCAUUGGACUUCAGUAGGAGAAGAAACCCUUUCAUUUAUAAGCCAUCUUUCACCAUUACAGGACAUCCUAAAGCACGAUAAGGUGAAGACAUAAUUUUUUUGAAGUGAAAUGACUUGCGAUGCCAGGAAAUGCAGAGGCCAAAUUGUGCAAAGUAAGAUUUCAUGAGGAUCAUUGAAAUAAACAAGCAAAUCUUGGGGUUAGGGCUAAAUAUUGGCAGAGAUACCCACUGUAACGUUCUAGAGAUGGCGGAAUGGAAUUUUCAUAAGCUACAUUGUAAAGAUGAGAAUUUGGGACCAGAAGGGGGAGUCCUUUCUCUGGAGUUACCUCCACACUAUAGUUAAGUAAUUCUGUCAAAGUUUCCCAUCCUUUGGAUGUUGUACUCUCAAACUUGCCUCCUCCAUCCAAAAUGUUGAGCUGAGAAUGAGUUUCUUCCCCCACAGCACCGGGGUACUGCUCACAGUCAGUUGCUUUGUGCCCUUUUCCCACCAUCACCUACGAGACUGGGAGGGAGUCACAGCUGAGUUCCAGGGAAGAGUCCUCCCAAAAACGUUAACUUACUUUCUUUUUUUUUGCAUGCUGCCACUGUUCCUGGUCCUUUCCAACUCAAGUGGCAGUUCAAUUGCUAAUUCGUCAAAAGGAAAGAUGUUUUUUUUAAUCCAAGGCUACAGACCCAACGUGGGUGCGGGGGAUAGAUGUAGAUCGGUACAAUGGGCAGCAUGUGUGUGGUGGGAUGAAGGGCCUGUUUUUGUGCUGCCUCACCAUCCAGUGGACAGUUUCUCUUUAUUCACUCGCAUCUGCCUAUUUGUUCUUACUCUUUCUUGACUUGAUGCCCCUCCUGAUCUAACUCCAGGUGCACCGGGCAACUUCUGGCACCUGCCUGCAAAAUCCUUAGCAGAAGCCACUCAAGAGCAGAGAGUUCAACUCCCCUUUUUAUCUUUGCCCUUGCUUUCUAUCAUCAACACUUUGGUUACUAAAGGACCUCAAAGAUUUGACAAGCCUCAGCCCUGGCUCACAAUUUCCCACAACCAACCAAGUGUCUUUAUCCUUUGAGAAUGGUGUUUUUUAAAAAAAGAAAAGAAAAAUCCCAUUUGAAAUGUUUUUUAAAGAAGAGUUUUAAUUUGAACUCAAAAGUGAGGCCAAGUAACUUCCUGUUUAUGAAUAAAGAUGAUGAUUAUGUUGAGAAUGA